AUGGAUUCAUCAAGAGUCUCUCUUCGCACAUUUAAGCUAUCAGAUGUUGAUGAUUUCUUGGAAUGGGCUAGUGAUGAUCAGGUAACUCAAUUUCUUCUCAAAUGGAAAGUCUUCACAUCUAGGGAUGAAGCUUUGAAUUUUAUCAAAGAUAUAUGCAUCCCCCACCCUUGCUGUCGUUCCAUAUGCUUAGAUGAUCGUUCGAUUGGAUUCAUUUCAAUCACUCCAUCAUUUGGCGACGACAAGUGUAGAGCUGAUAUUGGAUAUGCUAUAGCUACCAAGUAUUGGGGUCAAGGCAUUGCAGCCAUCGCUGUGAAGAUGGCCUUAGCUUCUGGCUUUAAAGAUUUCCAUGAUGUGGUGAGACUACAAGCUAAAACUGAUUUAGAGAAUAAGGCCUCACAGAGGGUCCUGGAAAAGGCUGGGUUCUUUAAAGAGGGUAUGUUGAGGAAGUACUGCUUUCAUAGAGGUCAGAUAAGAGAUUUAGUGAUAUAUAGUUUUCUGGUGACUGAAACUGUUCUAAAUUGA